CUAGAGUUUUGUCUCGCUUUCCCUUGCAUGCUCAUUUUUCUCUUUUGGCCUGCUGCUUGCAGGCACGUGAUGCUGCCCAAGGACAUUGCCAAGCUGGUCCCGAAAACCCAUCUCAUGUCCGAGUCAGAGUGGCGGAACCUGGGAGUCCAGCAGAGCCAAGGAUGGGUUCACUACAUGAUUCACGAGCCAGAACCCCACAUCCUGCUUUUCCGAAGGCCGCUGCCAAAGAAGCCGGAAAAGUGAGGGGCGUCACUCCUCCUGCCUCAGAUACAAGCACCUUUCAAAAAAACAAAACCCAACUGCAUUCUUGUUUUCUUAAACAAAGUUUGACAAAUGCGUUCAGUGUGUGUAUCAAGAAAACACCAUCUGACCCAAUCAACACAUCGCUGAUGACAGAAUUCCUUCAUUGCAGACAGAUUAACAAGGACUGAUUAAGCUGCUGAAACAUAUUUGUAUUUUCUACACUGGCAGGAGUUCCUGCUUUAUCCAGGGCUAGUUUGUUUUUUUUUAAAUCCUAGAGAAUGCAGUGUGUUUCUCUCUGGAUAUCUCUGGAUAUUUUUUUAAACUCUUGGAUACUUUUAAAGUGUAUUUUUAAACGUUGUCUUUUUAAACGUUGUCUUUCAAGUUAUGCUUCAGAACUUUUAAAAGGAGGUUAUUUGAGAAAUGACUGUUUUAAAGGCUUUUUCAAUAAAGUUCAGAGAUUUUA